UUCCUGCUGCCACAGCCAGAACGGAAAGAUCCAAGCCCCUGACGCUGUCCCCAGCAAGGCCCUGCUGCUAGGGGCGGCUGCUGGGAGCUGCCAUGGCCCACAGCCGCUCGCGGAAGCGGUCGCGGAGCAGGAGCCAGAGCGGUUCUCGGAGCAGGCAGGAGAGGAAGGAGAAGAAACGGAGGAAGAGCAGCAAGGACUCGCAGCAGGGCGGCAGCUCUCCGGUGAGGAAGAGGAUCUCUGGCUCUCAGGGACACACCUCGAGCUCGGCAGCAGCCAGGGAAGAAAAGAAAAAGGAAGGAAAGGACAAGAAGAAGAGGAAGGCCAGCACCUCUUCCUCUGGGACAUCUUCGUCCACCAGCUCCUCCUCAUCUUCCUCUUCUUCCAGCUCCUCUUCUGAUGACUCCAGUGACAGUGACUCCAAAGUGAAGAAGAGUCAAGACAGCAAAAAAAAGCAAGUGAAACAGAAAGAUAAAAAGAAGAGGAAGAAGAAGAAGAAAAAAAUCAAGAAGAAAUCAAAAAAGAAGGCAAAGGAGAGGGCUAAAGAGGAGAAAGCCAAGGGAGAGGAGGUGCCUGGCCCCUCGCUGGAGCAGUGGCAGAAGGAAUCAGUGGUGGACUCUGGGCCAGUUCUGACAGAUGAACAGAAAUCCCGGAUCCAGGCCAUGAAGCCAAUGACCAAGGAGGAGUGGGACGCGAGGCAGAGCGUCAUAAGGAGAGUGGUGGAUCCCGAAACGGGGAGAACCAGGCUCAUUAAGGGGGACGGGGAAGUCCUGGAAGAAAUCGUCAGCAAGGAGAGGCACAAGGAGAUUAACAAGCAAGCCACGCGUGGGGACGGGCUGGCAUUCCAGGUGAGGACAGGGAUGCUGCAGUGAGAGCAGGCAGCAGCCAGCCCAGGAGCCCGUCCUGCUGCCCCUGCCAGCCCGGGGGAGCCUCUGCCUCUGGACAGCACCGUGUCAAGAUGUUCCCCAGGGGCCCUUUCCAGCUGCUCUGUAAGUUACUGACUGGGAAGGAGAGUGACUUCAGUGGCUCAUCUCCCAGUAAACAGCUUCUCCCCUCCCUGUCCCAGCUCAGGCCAGUGUGGCUGUAAUGUACGUGAGCCAUUUGCCCCAAUGCUCCUCUGGAUACUGGAGGAGCUCAGCAGCACCCAGGGGACAGGCUCAAGGGUGCUGAGCACCUCAGGGUGCUCUGGGCUCUGGGGGGCAGGAGCCAACGCUGUGGCCAGGACAGGGUGUACCCAGGCCACAAACACGCAGCUGGCUGCCACUUCUUUCCUUCAGGGGCUGCCCAUGGCCCUUUCCCUGCUGGAUCUGGCUCACAGGCCCCUUGCACUCACUGGCCCUGCUCAGAGAGGAGUGGCUGUGACUCUGCUCAGGCUGCAGCUCCGCUGCACCCCUGAGUGCCACCCUCCACUGUGCCCCGGGGCUUCUCCAGCCUUUCUGCAGCCUCGGGUAGGGGAGCACUGACCUGGCACACGGCACUGGCAUCUGUGCAGGUGUGCUUUGUGGAGAGGUGGCUUUGCCUUGCUCUCUGCUCCUGCAUGCAACUUGUGUCCCUUCCCCACAGCGCAGCGCUGGGGCUCUGGGCUUCUCAGGGCCCAGGGCUGCCGUGAAGCAAACACAGCAGCCUUUUCCCUUGCUGGAAAGUCCAUAAGUCUAUAAACUGUAAAAAAGAAAAGGAGAAAUGGGUUAAAGGACAAAUGGGUCCUGCAGGACUGAUCUCCACAGAGGGUUUCCUCAUUCUGUUCAUGGCUGUAACUCCAUUAAACUGGCACCUGCUCACAU